GCUAAAUGUUGCUGAUGUAGUUACAGAUGCAUCAGAUGUGGAAAUAGACUUUGAACAUCUCAACUUUGAAGACUAUAUGGAACAAGUUUCUCGGGCCAGUAGGACUACAGAUUCAGAAGACUGUGACUACAACAACGCUCAUUGUCAUACAGAGCCAGCCAAAGACACCUCACUGCAGUGCUCUGAGAAAAAACACGACACACACAGCAACACAACCGGAAAGAAGAUGCAUGCGCAAGACACAGACAGCGACACUGAAGAACUUGAUCUGGCUCUCAAGAAAACAGUGAUGGCAGAUGGGACGCAAACACUAUACAGCGCAGAUCAAACAGGGCGUGAUCACUCAGGUCAUUUGAGGUCAGGUGUACUAGGCGAUCCUGGGGUUGAAGAAGGUCAGGGUGAGAUGCCCUUUCUGAGCCACAAAAACCUUCAGAGUCUUGACGAGGCAUGCAGUUACUCAGAUUCAGAUUCAGACUCCGAUCCAGAUUCAGAGUCAGAGUCUGAGUCUGACUCAGAAUCAGAAGAAGAUCCAGAAGUUGUGGGGUCACAUCCUUCUUCAAAUGCACACGGUGCAGGUGGGGAUUUAAGGUCAUCUGUGCCCACUCUGCAAGCCCUCCAAGCUGAUGAGGGGCCACAUUUUCGAGGAGAACUGAGGGAUUUCUCUGAGGAGGACCAAGCUUGGGUUGGUGAGGGCUACGCUGAAUACCCAGAAGAGCUGGCAGACAGUGAUGAUGAUGAUGAUGACGAUGAUGAUGAUGACAAUGACGAUGAUGAUGAUUAUAAUGAGAUAGUGAGCGCCAGCUCCAGACCACCUGCAAGCAAAACAGAAUCUGUUGUAGUUGACAGAGAAGAAGCAGACGAAGAAGAAGAAGAAGAAGAAGAAGAAGAAGAAGAAGAAGACGAAGAAGAAGAGGAAAAAGAAGAAGAAGAAGAAGAUGAUGAUGACAAUGAUGACCAAUACUUAGAAGGAGAAGAGGAGGGCAAAGAGGAGAGGGAUUAUGGUACUGUGGGAAACAGACCCAUGUGUGCCAAACUUCUUAACCUUCAGGGUCAAAUCAUCAGUGAAAGCAGCGGUAAUGAAAGAGUCAAAGAAUGGCAGGCUACAGCCACCUCACCUACCCUUGGCAGAGACGAUUCAAGCACUCGAACAGAAGUCGAGUCUGAAAUUGCCGGCCCUCAAUACAAAGACAGUCGCACCCAAAUCCGCUAUGAUGAAAGAGACAUAGAUCAUGAUGUAAUGCAACUGGGGGAAAAUGAAAUUGAAAUCCUUGGCCGAGGUAUUCAGAAGGACGAGCAUGGAGAGGAACAAGAUUAUACUGUCAGACAGGAUGACAAAGUCACACUUCCUCAUAGCAGUGAAAAGAACGAAUUCUCAGUGUUCUCACACCACCUCGCCGACACAUGGGAAGGCUGGAGCGAAGAGUUCAUGUCGAGCACCAAGCUGAAUUUGGACAUCAGAAUCGUCGAGUUGGACACACUGGAUUACGACCUUGAUCUUCCAAACACUGGAGGCCUCGACUGUACGACUGGUUCUUCAGGAAAGAGCUACUCCUGUGCAUCAGAUGGAGCGUGGCUAUGUGAUACCCCAUUGGACGGGCUAGGCCGAGAGCCUAACCAGUCCCUGAGGAAUCCAUCAGGAACUUCAAGACAGGAAAUUCUUGUGGUUGAGCAAGACUUGACGUCAGAUAGUGACUUUCAUGCUGAUGCCCGCUGUGAGCAGGGCAGUCAUGCCACAGAUGGAGGUUUUGCUGACUGUCUGCUGAGUGAAGAUACCACUGCUGCCGCCGCACAUCAAGCCAUGGAGGACGAGGCGAGUGACUCGUUUGGCGAGGAGGAGAGGAGCUGGGAUCAAGAGAGGGAGAGAAUUGAGGCUUUUAACAGGUUUUACAAUGACUCAGACGAGAGCAGUAUUGAAGAAAGAACACAUAAAGUUCACUUCUGUUUGGAGCCCCAAAUUACAGAAGUCCUGGACUCAGACAUAGAGUUUAGUGACAUGGAGGCUGAGGAGGAGGACUCCGAAGUGUACUCAGACUCUGAGGACAUGCAUGAUGAGGAACAUAGUGAGACUGAGGAACUGCCAGAGGAGGUGCCCCCUUCUCAGUCUCAGCAGGAGGCCUCAGAGAAUAUUCUACUACUACUGCCUCCUCAUGACCAGCACCAGGAGACGCAGGAGGAGGAGACCGUCCAUCACAACCCAACAGCUGAUCAGCUAAUGGAAAGUGUGCUCGCUGAUCAAUGUCUGGAAAAACAGAUGGCGGAUCAAUCAGCCGAAGAGGAGAACGUAGUAUCUCUACCAAAGGCAGACGAGCCACAGACAAUCCCCCAGUGCCAAACCCCAUCUAAUAAACACAAUAAGUGCUCUGGAGUUCUGAAAACCGCUCUCAGGAUGUGUGUGGUGAUUGCAACUGGCUUGCUGACUUUCUGGUGGGCAACAGAACAUUUCCAUGGGACAAAGUCAUAGUUGCAGUACUCACCACAAUCGUAAAUGUGUAGAAUAUACAGUGGUAUUAUGUUUUUUUUUCUCCCUCAAUUCAUUAAUUAUUAAUUACAUUAAAUUCUCAUUUUUAAAAAUAUUUUUAUACAGUGUUUUGUAUAUGCAAUAUGGCCUUUAA